CAGGGCAGGUGGCGGUGCUGAGGGGCCCGGGACGGAGCGGCCUCCGCAGCGGGGGCGGCUGAGGGCGGCAGUGUGGGUGAGGGCGGCGGGGGCAGAGGGGCCUUCCGGCCGGGCCGGGAGCCGGGGGAGCCCGGAGCCGCCCGCGGCUGACGGAAGGUUCUCGUUCCUCGCUGGCGGAGCCGGCCUGACCCCGGGCCGAGGGAGCAGUGCCGCGGGCGCGCUGCGAGGGGCCAGGCGGAGAGCGGGGCAGAAGCCUGUCCGCCCGCGGGGGCCAUCGCCUCAGCUCCCGCAGCCAUCCCCGCAGCCUGGCCUCCCCGCCGUGAGCUCCGCUGUGCACGGUUCCAGGUCCAUUGGGCCACGGCUUGUGUUGAGAAUGACAUUAGGAGCAGAAAUUACUAGCCAGCUCAAGGCUUCUUCAUACAUAGCAUCAGGACGAAACCUUUUGAGAUGGGACCUGUCACCAGAAGAAAUCAGAACAAGAACAGAAGAACUUAUCAGGAAGACAAAGCAUGUAUAUGACAGUGUCGGGAUGCUUGAAACUGAAGAAGUAACACACGAAAAUACUGUACGGGCUUUGGCAGAUAUAGAAGUGGAAUAUGCAGUGGAAAGAAGCAUGUUGGAUUUUCCCCAGCACGUCUCCCCUGACAAAGAGAUACGCUUAGCAAGUACAGAAGCUGACAAAAAACUGUCAAAUUUUGAUGUGGAGAUGAGCAUGAGAGAAGAUGUGUUUCAGAAGAUUGUUUAUUUACAGCAAACCUGUGAUCUUGGAAAUGUUAAGCCUGAAACAAAGCGAUAUCUAGAGAAAUCUGUUCAAGUGGGGAGAAGAAAUGGACUCCAUCUUCCUAAAGAAGUGCAGAAAGAAAUAAAGACAAUGAAGAAAAAAUUGAAUGAGCUGUGUAUAGACUUUAACAAAAACCUGAAUGAGGAAAAUACAUUUCUUGUAUUUUCUAAGGAAGAACUUGAUGGCCUUCCUGAUGACUUUAUCAACAGUUUAGAGAAGACUGAGAAAGACAAAUACAAAAUUACCUUAAAGUAUCCCCACUAUUUUCCUGUUAUGAAGAAGUGCUGCAUUUCAGAAACCAGGAGAAAAAUGGAAUCUGCCUUUAACUCAAGAUGCAAAGAGGAGAACACAAAAAUUCUGCAGCAGUUGCUCCCACUAAGAGCAAAAGUAGCAGAGCUUCUUGGUUAUAAUACACAUGCCAACUUUGUCCUGGAGGUAAACACUGCAAAGAGCACAGAUAACGUAACAACCUUCUUAGAUGAUUUGAGUAAAAAGCUAAAGCCUUUGGUUGAGGAAGAAAGACAAUUCAUUCUAGAUCUGAAGAAGAAGGAAUGUAAAGAAAGAAACUUUGAUUAUGAUGGAAGAAUCAAUGCCUGGGAUCUUCAUUAUUAUAUGAGCAAAACUGAAGAGCUGAAGUACUCCAUAGAUCAGGAAAAACUGAAGGAAUACUUCCCAAUUGAGGCUGUUACAGAAGGCUUACUGAAUAUUUACCAAAAGCUGCUGGGACUUGAAUUUGAGCAAAUAGAAAGUGCUCAUGUUUGGCACGACAGUGUUACUCUUUAUACAGUAAAGGAUAAAUCAACAGGAGAAAUGCUAGGGCAGUUCUAUUUGGAUCUUUACCCCAGAGAGGGAAAGUAUGGGCAUGCAGCCUGCUUUGGUCUACAACCUGGCUGUCUUCUCUCUGAUGGCAACAGAUUGAUGUCUGUAGCUGCUCUGGUAACCAACUUCACAAAGCCAGCGUCGGAUCGUCCGUCACUGCUGCGCCAUGAUGAAGUGAAGACUUACUUCCAUGAAUUUGGUCAUGUAAUGCACCAGAUAUGUGCACAGACUGAUUUUGCAAGGUUUAGUGGAACUAAUGUGGAAACAGACUUUGUAGAGGUACCUUCACAAAUGUUUGAGAACUGGGUGUGGGAAAAAGAGCCACUACAACAGAUGUCAAGACAUUAUAAAGAUGCAACCCAUGUUGGAGACACUCUCCUGGAGAAACUUGCUGCCUCUAGACUUGCUAAUACAGGCCUUCUAACCCUCCGUCAGAUUGUUUUGAGCAAAGUUGACCAGGCACUGCAUACAAAGCUGUCUGUUGACCCAGCAGAUGAAUAUGCUAAAUACUGUAUGGAGAUUCUAGGAAUUCCUGCCACCCCAGGAACAAACAUGCCUGCUACUUUUGGACAUUUGGCAGGUGGUUAUGAUGGUCAGUACUAUGGAUACCUGUGGAGUGAAGUGUUUUCCAUGGAUAUCUUUUAUAGCUGCUUUAAGCAAGAAGGAAUAAUGAAUCCAAAGGCUGGGAUGAAGUACAGAAACCUCAUUUUGAAACCUGGAGGAUCUUUGGAUGGAAUGGAUAUGCUACAAAAUUUCUUGGGGCGUAAACCAAGCCAGAGGGCUUUCCUAUUGAGUAAGGGAUUACGUGUUCAGUGAAGUUAUGAUUCUUUUGUAAUGGCAUAUAAGUAUGGAAUGAGCUGGAAAUGUCCGUGUAUUUCACAUUUUAACUAUGUAUCACUCUAAGGAAACUGGGUCAUUUUUUGGUGUUUUUUUUUAAAUUGUAUAAAUAAAAAUGUGACUUUAAAACCAAAAUUUUGUAGAACUACAAAAUUCAGCACAUCAGGAAAAAUAAUUCUGAGAUGUGCAGAAGCUGAGAAUUUUGGAUGAUAAUUUUUUAAAUUGUUAUGAAAUAAUGCUAAUUAAUACUAAUCAAUAUGAGGACUUAAUGCCAUGUUUCUCUUUUAAGAGAUGCCAUUAAAUUGUCUUGUGAAUUAAUUUUAAAACUGAAGGGGAUAAAAAGAAUACAACCAGCAAUAAAGAUUCAUUCUUAUUCUCUACUGUA